AUGUGUGUGUGUGUGUGUCUCUCUCUCUCUCUCUCUCUCUCUCUUUAUCUAAUUAAGUCUGUUCAUAUCUAUCUAUGUCAUUUCCUUAUUUUCCUUUUUGUUCCGUGGUUUUUGGCUGCAUCUGUUUUUCCUAAGAAACAAAAGCAGGGAGGGUGGUGCGGGGGUGCUCACCUCUUUUCUGUUUCCUCCCCGCUGCCUCCACCAAUAGAUUGCAAAUUUAUUAUCUACUGCUUUUUUUUUUCCUUCCUUCGGCUCCCUACCACAGUCACUUUCUGUCCUGUCCUGUCCUGUCCUCUCUCCGUCUCGUUGUCCAAUCCGCAAAUCGACCAAGAAGUUAACACUGUCCAGAUUAAUGCAAUUCAUAACAAGAAGUGUGACACGAGCCGCGUGCUGCUGCCCAACCCGGCGCCUCAUUUCCCAACACGGGCUCCCCCAGUUCCCGCGCAUGGACGUAACUGA